AUGGCUAUCUUCUCCGAAUAUCUCGAAGAUUCAGUAGAAAUUUUUAUGGACAACUUCUCAGUUUAUGGGCAAACGUAUGAAGUCUGUCUGAACAACUUGGAGAAGAUAUUAAGGAGAUGCGAAGAGACAAAUCUUGUGCUGAAUUGGAAGAAAUGCCAAUUCAUGGUGAAUAAAGGAAUUGUGCUCGGGCACAAGGUUACCAAGGAAGGGCAUGAGGUGGAUAAAGCGAAAAUUGAGGCCAUUGAAAAGCUUCCACCUCCAGCAAAUGUGAAGGCUGUAAGGAGUUUCUUGGGACAUGCAGGAUUCUACCAUCGAUUUGUGAAGCACUUCUCGAAGAUAGCUCAACCAUUGAGCAUUGAGUGCGUUGCUAGAGGCUGA